UUUGCUAUGGUUAUUUUGUGCCUUGUUCUAAGUGUAUUAGCUUCCAUUCAAGAAUUCCAAAAAAUGUUGAGUUGUUAUGUUAUGUAUACAGAAAUUGUAAUGUUAUUAUGGAUUGCUUCGGAGUUUAUGUUGAGAUUAUGGGCUUCUGGUUGCCGUUCACGAUAUCAGGGAUUACGAGGUAGAAUGAGGUUUUUUAAACGACCUCUUUGUAUCAUAGGUAACAUCAAUUUGUACCAUUCCAAUUUUCAAUCAGACGUCUGUGGUUCCUGCAAUUCCAGUAAGACUAGGCUAGGCUUUUUAUGUGUAUCAAAGACACUGAUUGCAUCAAUUUUAGCUGCAAGCAUCACAACUUUAGCCAUUGGUGGAACACAAGAUAUGUUCGCAACUUCCUCUCUUCGGGGUCUUCGCUUCUUCCAAAUUCUACGUAUGGUUCGAAUGGAUAGAAGAGGAGGAACCUGGAAACUCCUGGGCUCUGUUGUGUGGGCCCAUAGGCAGGUAUGUGCUUUAUUGCCCUUUUUUGGCGAAGGGGAGGGGCUGGGAUGUUGA